UAUGGUAGAUUUCCUUGUUUCCAAUAUUGAAUGACGUCAAUUAUUUACGCGAAGUGAUAUUGUCAUUGUUACAAAUUAAUCUUAUUAAAUAUUUUAUCUUAAUAAUCUUACAAAAUGGGUAAAGGAUUCAAUAAUUACAUGUGCAAGAAAUUCUUCCAUCCCGCUUCUCGAGACAACUUAAAAAGGGUAUGGAUGGCAGAGCAGAAAACUGAAGCAUAUAAGAAAAAACAAGAGGAAUUAAGAGUUCAAUAUGAAAAAGAGCAAGAACUUCAUGAAAACAAAGCAUUGUUGAGUAAGGACAGUAAAGACAAGUUAAGUUUAAACUUCAUGUAUGAGCCUCCUCCUGGUGUUAAGAAGGAAAGGGAACGUGAAGACAAUGAGCCUGAGUAUAAAUUUGAAUGGCAGCGAAAAUACAAUGCUCCUAGAGAGAGCUAUUGUAAGGGUGACAAUGAGAUAAGGGAUCAACCUUUUGGUAUAUUGGUCCGAAAUGUCAGAUGUAUUAAAUGCCACAAAUGGGGACACAUUAACACAGACAAAGAGUGCUCAAUGUACUCUCUAUCAAUGAGUGAGGCUCGUGCUCUGCAAGCUUCAUCAUCAGCCCCUGAAGAGGAGGAGGAGAAACCAGAUGUUCCUACAUUGAUGCAGCAGAUGAGAGAUACCGGUCUGGUGAUGAAACCAGGAGCUCUGCCACUGUCUGCCACGAAGAUUGAAGAAAAUGACUCAUCCAAUCUCACUGAAAUGGACCUGAUAAGUCAAUUGACUAAGAAACAGAAGAAAAAGUUGUUGAAAAAACUUGAGAAAAUGGAAAAGAAGAAGGAUAAAAAACAUAGGAAGUCUAAACACUAAAUAGGUUAAUAAAAAAGAAUAUAUUCCAAAAAGUACCUUUUGCUUGGUGCCAUUACUGUGUUCUAAAUAAAAAAUAAUGUAAAAUAAAUAUCAAAUGUUGCAGUGUGAGAAUAGAUUUACAAACUAUCUUACAUGUUACCUCCUUUCUUUGCCUUAAAUAAAAUAUAUAUUAAAAUAA